AUGAAGGACAGCAAGUUCCAGUGGAAUCCUGAGGCAGAAGCAUCUCUUCAAUUAAUUAAGCAAAAAUUGACAAUCGCUCCAAUUUUGGUGUUUCCUAAUUUUACUCAACCAUUUAAGUUACAUUGUGACGUUUUGAAUGUGGGUAUUGAUGGUGUAUUGAGCCAGAAGGAGUUCGUUUUGUAUAUUGACCAUGAUGUCCUUAAACACAUUGGUAUUCAAGAUAAGAACUGCGAUUGGAGGUCCCAAGUUCUGAACACUAUCUGCGAUUUAUAUGCUACUGAUCCAUAUUUUUCACAAAUUAUUCGAAAGUUGCAGAAGGGUGUGCAUUUGGAGUUUGUAUGGGUCGACGAUUUUCAUUUUCGGGGAAUUCAAUUAUGCAUUCCUAAGGAUAGUUUGCAGCUUAAGAUAAUUCAUGAAUUACAUAAUGAGAGCCACGUAGGUCAUGAUUGA